AUGGAGGAUGUGGCUGUGGUCUUUACCCAGGAAGAGUGGGCUUUGCUGGAUUUUGCUCAGAGGAAACUCUUCAGAGAUGUCAUGAUGGAAACCUGGACAAACCUGGCCUUUGUGGAUUUUAGUCAUGCACCAUUUCUCACUGUCCAUGUAAUUACUCACAGAGGAGAGAGGCCCUGUGAAAGUAAGCAAUGUGGGAAAGCCUUUAGUUGUUUCUCAUCCCUUACUAAACAUAGAAGAACUCACAGUGAGGAGAAGUCUUAUGAAUGUAAGGACUGUGGGAAAGCCUAUAGGCAUGCCUCAUCCCUCACUACACAUAUGCGGUCUCACAGUGGAGAGAGGCCAUAUAUAUGUAAGGAAUGUGGGAAAGCCUUUAUGCAUGCCUCAUCCCUCCCUACACAUAUGCAGUCUCACGGCGGAGAGAGGCCAUAUAUAUGUAAGGAAUGUGGGAAAGCCUUUAGGCAUGCCUCAUCCCUCACUGCACAUAUGCGGUCUCACAGUGGAGACAAGCCAUAUAUAUGUAAGGAAUGUGGGAAAGCCUUUAUGCAUACCUCAUCCCUCACUAAACAUAUGCGGUCUCACAGUGGAGAGAGGCCAUAUAUAUGUAAGGAAUGUGGGAAAGCCUUUAUGCAUGCCUCAUCCCUCACUACACAUAUGCGGUCUCACAGCGGAGAGAGGCCAUAUAUAUGUAAGGAAUGUGGGAAAGCCUUUAGUUAUUCAUCAUCCCUUAUUGUACAUAGAAGAAUUCACAGUGGAGAGAGGCCUUACGUAUGUAAGGAAUGUGGGAAAGCCUUUAGUCGUUCGUCAUACCUUAUUGUACAUAGAAGAACUCACAGUGGAGAGAGGCCUUAUGUAUGUAAGGAAUGUGGAAAACCCUUUAGUUGUUCAUCAUCCCUUACUAUACAUAGAAGAAUUCACAGUGGAGAGAGUCCUUAUGAAUGUAAGGAAUAUGGGAAAGCCUUUAGUUGUUCUUCAUCCCCUAGUGAACACAGAGGAACUCACAGUGGGGAGAAACCGUAUGAAUGCAAGAAAUGUGGGAAAGGUUUUAGUUGUAACUCAGAUCUCACUAGACAUACGCAAAGUCACAAUAGGGUAAGGCCUUAUGAAUGUAAAGAAUGUGGGAAAGGUUUUAGUCUAGGCUCACGUCUCCGUAGACAUAUGCGAAGUCACAGUGGGGAGAGACUUUAUGAAUGUAAGGAAUGUGGGAAAGGUUUUAGUCGUGCCUCAUUUCUCACUGUCCAUGUAAGAAAUCACACAGGAGAGAGGCCCUAUGAAUGUAAGCAAUGUGGGAAAGCCUUUAGUUGUUUAUCAUUCCUUACUCAACAUAGAAGAACUCACAAUGGGGAGGGGCCUUUUGAAUGUAAGGAAUGUGGAAAAGCCUUUAGGCAUGCCUCAUCCCUCACUACACAUAUGCGGACACACAGUGGAGAGAGGCCCUAUAUAUGUAAGGAAUGUGGGAAAUCCUUUAUUCGAUCAUCAAGCCUUACUAUACAUAGAAGAAUUCACAGUGGAGAGAGACCUCAUGUAUGUAAGGAAUGUGGGAAAGCUUUUAAACAAGUUUCAAACCUCAGUAGACAUGGAAGGCUUCACACUGUACAGAGGCCUUCUGAAU